GUUUGGACCUGGAAAAGAUCAGAAUGAUGAAAAACCAAAAGACAAUCCAGCAGUUACUCCAGCAUUUGAUGACUUGAAUUCACAUGACAUGUGGAAUAAUCUGAGGUCCAAUGACUCUCGCUUUGCUGGUGGUUUUGAUGCUACUAUCAGCAGUAAGGAUGCUCCUAAGGAUGAUCAUGCAUUAGAAAAUUCGAAAGAUUUUUCUACUGGUGUUGAUUUAUUUCAAGACUUCCAAUCACAAACCAACUAUAUGGAGAUGACGGAAAAUAAGAUGAGAAAUGAGGACUGUGAGAUAAUAAAUGAUGACAAACAAAAAGACAAUCCAGCAGUUACUCAAGCAUUUGAUGUCUGGAAUUCAGAUGACUUGUGGAAUAAUCUGAGGUCCAAUGACUCCCACUUUGCUGGUGGUUUUGAUGCUACUAUCAGCAGUGAGGAUGCUCCUAAGGAUGAUCAUGCAUUAGAAAAUUCGAAGGAUCUUUCUACUGGUGCUGAUUUAUUUCAAGACUUUCAAUCACAAACCAACUAUACAGAGAUGACAGAAAAUAAGAUUAGAAAUGAGGACCGAGAGAUAAUAAAUGAUGACAAACAAAAAGACAGUCCAGCAGUUACUCCAGCAUUCGAUGACUGGAAUUCAGAUGACAUGUGGAAUAAUCUGCGGUCCAGUGACUCCCGCUAUGCUGGUGGUUUUGAUGCUACUAUCAGCAGUAACGAUGCUCCGAAGGAUGAUCAUGCAUUAGAAUAUUCGAAGGAUCUUUCUGCUGGUGCUGAUUUAUUUCAAGAUUUCCAAUCACAAACAAAUUAUAUGGAGAUGACAGAAAAUAAGACAAGAAAUGAGGACCAAGAGACAAUUAAUGAGGAUUCGUUUGAAAAAUGGAAUGAUUUCUUUACAGGCUCAAGCAGCUUACAAGUUCCUCCCCAAAGUGCUGGCAUUCAAAGUGAUUAUCAGGUUCCCAUUUCCGACCAAAAGUCCUCAGAGAUAGAUUUACUCAGCUUGGACAAUAAGUUCGACGAAGGAAAGCUCGGUAGCUUUUCUAAACCAAAUCUCUUUCCCACCUCAACUAGCGAUACCGAUGCUCUUACAGAAGCCAAUUUCAUUAUGCCUGAAAAUCAUGCUUCAAGCGGUGAUGCUAGCAGCCCUUCUUAUGAAUCUGGACAAGGUGCAAAUAACGGAGAUGCUGCUGGAAAAUCCCUCGAUGAUGAUGUCAAGAUGCUGAUUUCACAGACGCAUGAUCUUUCUUUCAUGCUCGAGACCAAUCUCUCCAUCCCCUCAGGUUCAGAGGCCCCCAAGUCGCCUCCAAGCCCCAAGGAUUGAGAAGCUGUGUUAAAUCUAAGCGUGUUUGUUGCUUCUAUUGUGCUUGUCUUGGUAUGCCUUUUAAGUUCCGGGACAUUUUUUUCAUCAAGUCCCACCAUUCCUUUACCACCGUUUUUAUCUGUAUGUCAUGGUUCUGUAGAUGCAGUAUCAGGUACUGAGAAGCUCUAGUCUUUUUGUGCAGAGUUUAUCAUAUUUUGGUAAUAUUGUCUUAGAUUUGUGUUCAUUUUCUUGCUGAACUGUUCUUUUCUGGUAAUUUCAUGUUUACCGAAAGGAGAGCACCUCACAGUUCAUAGUUAGGUCUCUUACCUCUCAUUUGACCUACCAAAACCAACGAUGUUUAUAAUCACCAAGUACAUAAAGAAGCAGGAAACCACGAAGAUCACCUUGAGCAAGUGGAUAAACUUCCCAGCAUUUUGAAUCUUGUACCAUAUUUUUCCCGAUUAUGCUUUUGCAACAUCAAGUAGGUGUACAAAUUCUCUUAUGGUUUUGAGUUGAGCUUCAUAUUGAUCAUUGUUGUUGAUGUGCAGAGGUUACCUCAACAUUGCAUCCAGGUCCAGCAGCCACAAAUUCAACUUGCACUGAGUUGGUGGCUAUCCCUUUCUGGAAGGUUGGGGUUUCGUGGCCGAGGCCCCCCCCCCACACCCCCAACCCAAGAAAAAAAAAAAAGGAAAGGAGUAAAUUCCUCUACAAGCGUCCUAAUAUAAAUAGUUGAUGCGUGGCCUUUUAUUGUAAUUUACACAAUUUAUUCUUUCUGUUCAUGUUUUUGUACAAGUCCGCAAUUUGUUAUAAAGGAUCCUAACAAUCAUACUAAUCCAACCAAAAGAUUAUUUGAU